CCUCCCCUUCCUCCUCCUCCUCCUCCUCCGCCCGCCUCCCCGCGGUGGUGGCGGCGGCUCGGCGAUGCAGCGCUAUUUCUCCCUGAGUGACUGCGACGUGAUGGGCUUCGACCUGGACCACACGCUGUGCCGGUACCACCUCCCGCAGAGCGCACGGCUAAUAUAUGAUAGCUUUGCCCAGUAUCUGGUAGCAGAGAAGGGUUAUGACGAAGACUUGCUUACUCUAGCUCCAGACAGCUUAGACUUCUGCUGUAAAGGUUUGGUGUUGGACAUCGAAGAAGGAAAUUUUCUGAAACUAGCAGAAGAUGGAACAGUUUUAAGGGCAAGCCAUGGUACAAAGAGCAUGACACCUGAAGAGAUCCUGGAGGCAUAUGGAAGGAGGGAGUGGAAGCAUUUUAAUACAGUCAGUGGAAUGAUUUCCCGCUCAGCUAAAUACUAUUUGUAUGAUAAUUAUUUUGACCUGCCAGGAGCUCUCUUGUGUGCAAGGGUUGUGGACAGCUUAGAUCAGCAUGAUGCUCAGAAAAAAUAUGACUUCUGGAAGGACAUGGUGGCUGCUAUCCAGCAUAAUUAUAAAAUAACAGCUUUUAAAGAGGACUGUGGGACAUAUUUCCCAGAAGUGAAAAAUCAUCCAGACAAAUAUUUACAAAGAUGUCCUGAGUCUGUAAAAAAGUGGCUGAAACAACUAAAGAGUGCUGGGAAGAUUCUACUCUUAAUCACUAGUUCUCACAGUGACUACUGCAGGCUCCUGUGUGAACAUAUUCUUGGGAAUGAUUUUGAAGAGUAUUUUGACAUUGUGAUCACAAAUGCUUUGAAACCUGGUUUCUUCUCCCAUACCCCAAACCAAAGACCUUUCCGAACUCUUGAGAAUGAUGAGGAGCAGGAAGCUUUGCUAUCACUGGACAAGCCCGGCUGGUAUUCCCAAGGUAAUGCUAUCCAGCUUUAUGAACUGCUGAAGAAGAUGACUGGCAAGUUGGAUCCCAAGGUUGUUUAUUUUGGUGACAGUAUGCACUCGGAUAUUUUCCCAGCUCGUCACUAUAGCAACUGGGAAACUGUCUUCAUCUUGGAGGAGCUUCUAGGGGACAAAGUUACGCUGCCUGCGGAGGCUGAAUCUGAGCCCUUGGAGAAGAAAGGAAAAUAUGAGGGAGAUGACCUCCAAGCUCCUUACUUUGUAUCUAAGCAGUGGGGCUCUUUCUUCGUGGACAGAUUGCCAGGUCUGGAAAAUGCAGAGGAAACCUUAAUUCACACAUGGUCCUGUAAAUGUAUUAGCACUUACAGCACUAUUGCAAUCCCUAGUCUUGAAGCAAUAGCAGAUUUGCCACUGGAUUAUAGAUUUACAAGAUUUUCCACAAAUAGCUCAGCAACUGCUGGGUACUACCCAAGCCCUCCAAGAGCACUGCUGCCAAAUGAAGAGUCAGUGACUACAAAAUAGGUUGUCAGCUUUUUCCUUAAAUAACCCUUUGGUCCUUACUUAAACUGCUAUGAAAUGCUAAUUGGUGAAAAUGCUGUGUGAUGCUUCAUAUAAUAGAAUGAUGGAUUAAAGCAGACUCCUGUGUAGACUUGGGUUUCACUUGUUGCUCUAGUCAAGCCAGAACAGGUGAGCAACCCUUCCUUCCCCCUAAAUCCUCUCACCACCACUAACUUUUGCAAAGUGCUAUUGGCUUUUCCCAUGCACUGUCCAAAGGCUUCAAGAGAACUGUACUAGUAAUAACUUAUCUCAAGUUACAUUAUAUUCAAGGACAUUUUCUGUACCAUCCCUAUAUAAGCUAAUGCUGUUGCUACCGUAAGGCUCAGGAAAGACAGGAACCAGACCUUCAGCCGUGUUCCAUUAAGUUACCUUUGACAGCCGAGCUUAUCACUGUAGAUCAGUGUUUUUGCAGGCUCUGAGGAAUUUAUUCUCUCACUGUAACUGUUCUCGAGAUACAGAAGGACUGAGGCCCAAAGAGAAAGAUGCAUCAUAACCAAAAAGAGACUUGAAUGGGAUUUAGGCAGCUCGUUGCAGACUGACAGUCCUGAAAGCCUUUGUCACAUACUUUCAAUUCCUAGAAGUGUCUAACCAGUAUUGACCAGUAAGGUUCCCUACAAGCCUUUUUUUCCUUUCGUCUUCAAUACCUCAAGAGUCAGAGCUCUUCUGUAGGAGGGAAACCUGUGUACAGCUUCUUUCUUGCAUAGAUUCAAACCUGCAUUCUUCACCUGCCUGGGAAAUAUUUCCGUGGGUAGGAAGGAUAUAGCACUCAGCUGCGUAAAGCCAACUUUGCUAAGUACAGCCUCAGCCCGGAAGAAAAGCAAAACUGAAGACAUAAACUGAAUAUGUGCUUUCUUAUCAGCAAAUUUAAGGAAAUGAGCACCCUAUUCUCUGCAGAUUCAGUUCCAAAGACCUGUUCUUUGGCGCUUUGGACAGAGAGCCUUUGGUAACAAACAAAAAGUAGGGAUACAAAACAUGUCAAAGAUUUGUUUAGUCAGCAGUUUUGUCUCACUACAAUGGCAGAAUUUUUGAUAAAUUGCCCUCAGAGUUUAAAGAAUGAUAAACAGAAACUUUAUUUUCUUGUUUUCAAGAAAGUACUUUUUUAGGCCUAGACAAUUGUCAGAAUGCAUUUAACUUCUGUCGCCACAGCUCACUUCAUAUUUUUGCAGCUUCACCAGUUAUUUUUUGUCAUAAUCAGACACAAACACCAUUCCACCUCAUUUCAGAGAUACCAGCUGUUGUUUCUGUAUUUUCCUACCUUUACAGAGGAUGUUAUUUUUACAUUUUAGUGAUCCAGUAUACUUAAAAGUAAUAUGCAAUAUUUCCAGUUUAACAUUAAGCAUUGGGUUUUUUUCGAAAGGGAAACAUAAAUGAAGAAAAAAAUGAGAAAAACUUCUCUUAAAAUAAGGUGGGUGAAGAAGGAAGCUGAAAAUGCUAUUCUUCUCAUAAACUGUAAGCUGACAAUAUUUCACUUAAGAGGUAGCAGUAACUAGUACUUGAGAUUAUUUUGAGAUAUUUAAAUUAGCAUUAAUAUCUUGGGCAGCAAAUCUGUCUUAUGGUAAGGAUAUGAUUUGUAUUAAGCAGAGACAUACAAAUGAAAUCUUGGAUCCCUGAUUAAAGCAUCAUCUGAACAUCUAAUUUGAAUCAAGUAAUCCUCUGCAAAUAAUUUCUAACUAGGUUAUGGUCCAAGCCAAUAUUGUGUGCCCUCAUGCUUUUGUUAUUCUGAAUUUGGAACUGAUUUUUGUAGGUUGGCUAUUUUUUUCUUGGUUUUUGAAGAAAAAUAAUUAAAAUUGAAUUGUUAAUGAAAAUUAGAGUGAAAAUCCUUGGUUCCUGGCAUCUCAGUGGAGAAACAAUAUUUUUUUAAAUGAAAAGAUGAUAAAUUCUAAGGAUGGCCUGAACACAAAGCCCGCCAGAAGAAAUAUGUGUAUGGACUUGCUCAGCUGGGAGGUGACAGUACCUGUUUCUGACGAAGGGUGUCACAGAGUUCCUGUGAAACCAGGACUUAACAGCUCUUACGAGUGAAAGACUCUUCUUAUUCAAGAAUCUUUGAAGAUUAUACAGGUCUUCUUACAAAGCCCUCCAAAAUAAAACAGAGCAUUUUCUUUUAGGUUAGAUGAAAAGGUUUCAUAACUCUAGACAAUUUUUCUGUCCUUUCCCAAAUUAAUUGUGGUCUCAGUAUUUGUCGAUUCAGCCAUCAGUUUGCACAUGCUUGGCACUACUGAUGGUGGGGACCUGGCUGCCGUGAAGCGGGGAUUGGAAGUGGAGCAACUUUAAGAUGGCAAUCAGUGCUGUAAUGAUGGGAGAGCUAUUGGAAAUGGAGGUGGCAUGGAGAACAGGCAGAAAAAAUGCACAUAGCAGAAAACUAGUAGUGAGCUGGUCAUAUUUCACAUGACAUUGUAAAAACACCAUCCUUACUUCUACUUUCUUUCUCUUUGUUUUUCUUUAACCCCUGGAAAUCUCUGAAAUUUCUUGGCUAUUGAUAGAAAGAUCACUGAAGUGCCUGCAAAACUAUUUUGAGUAUUGGCAGGGAGACAUAAAGUUAUAAAGAUUCAUUAAAAUCACUGUGUCUGGUUAUAUAGCCCUAAAAGCCACAGUUUUGCUUAAAACCAGAGAUGAAUACCAAGUCUCUUUUGGUGUCUGUUUUGGUAUGAAGAACAUGUGUCUGAAUUUUAAAAUAAAGAUAAUUUAUUUCUGAAAAAUACA